UGAUAGCCGCCUUUAGCUCAGGUAAACAUCAGUGGAAUUUACACUGAACAGAUAAAAAUGUCACCUGCAUUUUAGACUGAUUAAUAUAUCCGGGAGAACAUUUCAAGUACUUAAUCGGAAGGACGGGGACUCAGAGUAUACGACAAAUGUGUUGAAAAUGUCUUUGCCGUAUUUCAUUGCAAUUCUUCUUAAUCUGGCUGUUUUGCAAGUGACGGGGGGUCAAAACUUUGAAAUUUUAACGCGGCUUGGUAAAGUUAAUGGCGUGAUUCAUCCCUCUCCUGGAGGAAAUGUUUACAGAUUCGCAGGAAUUCCUUUCGGCAAAUCGCCCACUGGUAGCAGACGUUUUCGUAAACCUCAGGCUUAUGGUUCUUGGAACGAAACUCUAGAUGCAACCAAAUUUGGCCCACAUUGCAUACAAUCGUUAAAAUCUCAGGUAUCCAAAUAUGUAUCAGAGGACUGUCUACAGUUGAACAUUUACGUUCCUAGUAACAUGACAAAAGAGGUAAAGAGAAGUGUAAUGGUUUUCAUUCAUGGUGGAGGAUAUAUGGCUGGUUCUGCCAUAGAUGAAGAUGGAUCUAAGUUUGCUUCUUUUGGAAACGUCAUUUUUGUCACAAUAAACUAUCGACUAGGUAUAUUUGGUUUCCCUUCAAUGCAAAACCCAAACGUCGAUGAAAAUGUAGGUAUUUGGGAUCAAAUAUUGGCUUUGAAGUGGAUUAAAAACAAUAUAGAUGACUAUGGUGGAAAUUCUAGUGAUGUAACAAUAUUUGGACAAUCUGCUGGUAGUUUUUCUGUCAAUUUACUUAUGAUGAUUCCACGUAAUAAAGGCUUGUUUCAUCGUGCAAUCCUUCAGAGCGGAACUGCAAAUUCUCUCGUUGCUUUUAAAAGGUCUUCUGAUUUAGGACGCAGAAUUGGGAUGAAUGCGGGAUGUCGGGACCAAGAUCCUCACACGUUCAUACAAUGCCUACAAAAUUUAGAUGCUGGAUCACUCGUUAACAGUACUCUCAAUUAUUCUUCUACUCUUGGUAUUAAUGUAUUAACUGAAAUUGUGUUUGUCCCAGUUCUGGAUAAUGACUUGUUCCAGAGAACACCCAUUGAAAUAAUGCACGAUAAGUUCUCCGCAGAAUUUCAAUUCUUUGAGUCUAUUGAUAUGAUCGUGGGCAACUGUAAUGAAGAAGGAGGUUAUAUUGCACAAUAUGCUAUCUUUUUUGAAAAACAGUACAAUUUCAGUGUGGUAGACGGGAUUCCGAGACGAUUUUUAUGUGACGGGGUAAUACCAAGCAUGGUAGAACUUUAUUAUAAAAAUAAUUCCUCAAUAUCGGACUUAAUCUGUGAAGAAUAUUCAAGUAAUGACAAGACCACCCAAAGCUUGAAUGCUGCGCACUUGCUGUCUGAUUUUGUCUUCAUUUCUUCUGCUGUGUCUGCAUUGCAAGCUCAUUCAUUUAAUCAAAAAUCAUCUACUUACCAGUACAUAUUCUCAGAAGAUAUCCGCCCAUUUUACACAAAUAUGCCUAAGUGGUAUCAUGGCGCGGUGCAUGGAACCGAACUUGCCUUUAUGUUUGUUGCAAAAGACAUGUAUCCUACUAAUUUUACUUUAUCUCAAGAUCAGAUGAAGUUUGCGAGGGACAUAAUAAAUUACUGGACAAAUUUUGCCAAAACAGGAAACCCAAAUGGUCCCGGUCUCUCGGAAUGGCGUCCCUUUACGCCUUCUUUACAAUUCUUCAAACAACUGAGUAUGACGAAUACUACAAACGGCAAGGACUACAGAAAAGAACAAGUCAAGAUGUGGAACACUCUCAAUGACUUUGAGUAUACGUUAUCUAGCGCUCCCUUUCAACAAAUCAAGACAAUCUGGUUUGUUGUUGUAUUAUGUUGUAUUAUGAAAUUGUAUUCAUAGAUUUUUGACAAUCAAAAAUUAUGAUAUUGUUACAAACCUUAGCUGUAUUUAUCAAUUUCAUUAUGAAUUUUAGAAGGAAAAAUACCAUUUUUCAUAAUGAACAAAAGCUGAUAACCCUGGAAACCAAAAUCAUGAUUUAUUUAUGUAUUGAAUAUCUAUAAUAAUAAUGUAGGUUUGAAAGUACUUAACACACCUACAUGAAAGAUCAUUUUCACAGUGUUACUUAAAGCGGCUUUCCCUCUUUGUCUGAGAAAAAUUUACCUUGUAUAGAUUUAAUGUAUUUUUCUCUAGGGUUACCUUUUGGUUAUUGAUGAUUCUUAAAAACAUCUCAAACUUUAAAAAGAAAUAAUUUAAAUGAAGUAUUUGCAACAUACUAGAAUGUGUUCAAAUAUUUAGGGGGAGUCUCUUCAAAAAAAAAAUUAAUGGCUACAGAUCUCUAGCGGUUCUUCGAUACUUGUCAAUUAUAAUAGAUGGGGGCUGAUGUAGAGCAAUUUGGUACCUAUUUUAUAAACCCAAUACAUAUUUUUGUUGCUUUUUGUUUUGUGUUUGGCAAUUAAAAUGACACAAUCAAAAUCAAUACUUUUAACUUUAUUGUGUACCAGUUAGUUAUCUUGUAAAAAAGCUUAACUUUCUUUUAUACAUUUAAGCAUCUAAUAAACCAUUUUAUAUAAAUAUGUUUAAUUCUAAAAGGCGUUCCAGCAUAGUGUUUCUGUUUACCUUUAAAAAAGAAACAUUAAAUUAUUAGUAUUUAUUGCAGAACCCAUUCCAUUAAAUUAUCAAACAUUAGAAAAAAAAAUUAAAAUUUGAGUUAGAAUCAGUGUUAUUUUUAUUGAGAAUUAAAAUUACGGUGACACAAAUAAUGACAAAUAGAACACAAACAAAAAACAUGUCGUGACUUUCUUUGAACUUAGUGACAAUAGGCACUGGCGAUAUAUGUCCAGGAGUAAUACAUUAAAAUUAAACCAAUCUCAAUGAAAAUAUGAAAUACUUCCCCAUUAUGGAUAGACAGGAUUUGUAAUAAUAAAGAUGAUUUGUAUAAUAUAAAUCACGUGACUAACACACUUGUUUUGAAAGUUAAUUUUUAAAGGCUCCAGCAUUUUAAAAGAAAUUUGGAAAAACCAUGACAUUUCUUUUGAAGGAAAGAAAUACAUUUUUUACCGAUAGAAUAAGUGGAGAGGUAAUCAAAACUAAAAAAUAAUUACCAAGGCUGUAAUAUCCUUGCACUGGGGAGGGACAUUGAAUACAGAUGGAUCAAUGGAGUAAGGAACAACAUUCAUGACAUCUAGGUUGAUGAGUGUACCACUUCCGCUCUUCACGCUGCCAACAAAGUACACCAUGUGUACGGGGUUACAAGAUGCUAAAAACAAUAAAAGUCAGGCAAUAAAUAAACAACAAAUAAAAUGA